CUGAUUUUGUUGUAUACAUAUUUAGUGCGUGUUGCGUGAGCAUUUGAUAGUGAAGUGAGAUUAUGACUUAUUCGCCGUUAUUCAAAAAAAGUUAAAAUAAUGAUGUCGAUAGUUACACAAAAACUAGUUCUUUGUAGAAUCAUCUUAACUAUUACGAUAAAUAAACUACUCGGAUAUAUUACAAAUAUUAUACCAAAACAAAAAGUUAAUAUAAGAAUUGAAUCAGGUAUCGUACAAGGAUUUUGUAACAAAACAUAUUUAUCAAAAAAGCCCUACAUCAGUUUUUUGGGGAUACCCUACGCUAAAGCACCUAUCAAUGAACUAAGAUUUAAGCCACCAGUUAAACACGAAGGAUGGUCUGGAGUUUAUAAAGCUUUUUCUGAAAAAAGUAAAUGUGCCCAAUAUGAUAUGGUGGUAACCAAAAAAAUUAUUGGAAGUGAAGAUUGUUUGCAUUUAAAUAUAUUUGUUCCAAAGGAAUGCAAUGAAAAAAAAGCCGUCAUGAUAUUUAUACAUGGCGGCGCCUUCAAUUUCAGUUCGGGAUCAACAGAUUUUUACUCCCCUGAUUAUUUAAUUGAUGAAAAUAUAAUUCUGGUUACAAUUAACUAUCGUUUAAAUGUUCUGGGUUUUUUGAAUUUUGGUAUUGACGAGUGUCCUGGUAACAUGGGUUUAAAAGAUCAAUUAUUUGCAAUAAAAUGGGUAAAAGAAAACAUUUCUGCGUUUGGAGGUGACAAUGAAAACAUUACGAUAUUUGGCGAAAGUGCAGGAUCAGCAUCAGUUCAUUACCAUAUGAUUUCUCCUCUGUCAGCAGGUGUAUUUCAAAAAGCUAUUAUGCAAAGUGGAUGUGCAUUUAAUCCUACGGCAUUCACUGAACAUCAUAAAGACGCUGCCUUUAAAAUAGCAGAAGAUUUAGGCUGUACAGCAAAGGAACCUCAUGAAAUAGUAAAAUAUUUAAGAAAAGUGCCUGUGAGUGAUUUAGUGAAAGCUACAACGACAAAAUACUUGUUUAAAGGUCAGAGAGAGAUUUUAAUUUACCAAUUUGUUCCAUCUAUUGAAAGUUAUAAAGUUACCGAAAGAUUUUUACCAGCUCAUCCAAACGAAUUGAUAAAAACAGCACCAUCAAUUCCAAUAAUAUCUGGAAUCAACAAUAGAGAAGGAUUAAUAGCAUUUCCAGGAAUUGACAAGGAUACAUUGAUAAAUUUUGAUAAACCUGAUAAUACACGUAAACUCUUUGGAAGUGAAAUAAAUUAUGAUGAAAUUGAAUAUAAAAUACAAGAAUUCUAUUUUAAAAACAACCAUCUGAAAACUGACGAAGAAAAAUUAUAUAGUACUUGUACGUUAUUUAGUGAUGUUCUUUAUUGCAAAGAAUUUCAUCGAAGUUUUCACUAUUUACUUGAAAGGGACUGUUCUCAAGUUUAUAAUUAUGAAUUUAAGUUUGACGGGGAAUUGAAUACUUGUAAAAAACUACUUUUUGUAAAUAGACCGGAAAUAAAUAAAUUAAAAGGAGCAUGCCAUGCUGAUGAGUUAGGAUACUUAUUUUGUGGAAAAUUAUUUGGAUUUUUACCGAAAUCUAAUUCCGAAGAACUUUACAUGUGUAAAACUAUGAGCAAACUAUGGACCAACUUUGCAAAAACAGGGAAUCCAAAUUCAGCAGAUCUCAGUGUAGAAUGGACUAAUACAAGUUUGAAAAACCCUAAAUAUUUGUUAUUGGAUGGAUCUAAUACUUCCAUGGUUGAAGGGUUAUUGCAUGAAGAUUGCACACUGUUUUGGGACAAUAUACUAAAUGAACAAAUAUGAAUAGGUUUUAAAUAAUAUUUAUGAAAUGUAUUGAUAAUGUAAUUUAUAUAUUUGAAAAUAUAUUAUGUUAAAUCAAUAAAAAAAUAUUUUAUAUAUA